CCUGUUAUGCAACUUUUUGGAGCCUCUAGGUUAGAGUGUCCCAGGCACACCAGCGGCAGUUGGGGUUGGUGCACAUGAAGGAUGAGGAAUGCCAGGCUUCGGGGGCUGCUCUGGAUGCUCUUUAUCUCAGAACUCCAAGCUGCAACUAAACCACAUGAAGAAAAGUAUGUUUUAGCAGCGGGGGAGACCCUGAAUGUACAAUGUCCCUUCACCAUCUGGAAGUACGCCAAUAGCCGGAAAGCUUGGCAGAAGCUGAUGGAUAGAGGGGAGCCCCUGACACUUGCUUUCACACAGGGUGUUUCAGGGAAUCCCAGUCAAGUCCAGAUGGGCAGGUACUUCCUAGAAGACAUCCCCACUGAGGCCAUACUGAACGUCCAAAUGACCAACCUUCAAGUGGAGGAUUCAGGACUGUAUCAGUGUGUGAUCUAUCACCCUCCCAAGGACCCUGUCAUCCUGUCCCCCCUUGUCCGCCUGGUGGUGAUUAAGGGUCCUUUAGGCAGCACAGUCUCAGACAAGAAUCCUACCCAGAACUUGGCUCAGAUUUCCACCCUUCCUCCCACCACCACCAAGGCCCAGAGUACAGUCCUCAACAGCCCCAGGACUGUGACCCAACUCCUACCCAAAUCAACUGCUGACAUCUCCUCUCCUGGCUUUGGAGUCAACAUCACAAAUGAGACGGAUUUCACCAGCUAUGGUUUCAGUCAGAAUCCAGCCAGGGAAGCAGAAACCAGUGAGCUGUUUGAAAAAGAAAUGUUUUGUACAGGGAGCUAUUUGCCCAGGUCAUGGAAGAAGUGAGCUUCCAAUCUGGGCAUGGAUGAGGCUGGGGGCACCUCAGAGGAAGCCAUCAUCUCCUUGUCUUCAGGUGGGUUCCUAAGAAGUGGGCAGUGAGCAAAGUCUUGUGUAAAUGUAGGAAGUGAUCCCAGGUAAAUCCAUCCUGGAAGUGAGACCAGGAGAGAAGGAAGCUGAGUCCCACAGAGGGAAACUUUAGGGUUCAGUCCUGCAGGGGUUUUCUGGGACUUGUCUGUAUCAGAGGCUGGGGGAACUGGAGUAUUUAUACUCUCAAAUUUCCAGUCCUCUGUUAGGAGUGGCCCAGGGGCACAUGAAUUCCCAGGCACUGGGGUGGGGGCCAUGGUCUGGUGGCCUGUGUACAGCCUCAGAAAGGGGUGUGUGCUGGCCCUCAAAAGUGGACACACUCCAGGAGCUCUGCUCAUGAGAAUGUGAAAGGGCUGGGAGGACAGGGGAAACUUGAAGGUCAAGUUAGCCCAGCGGAGCUGGGACCUUGGAACCGUGGGCCGAACUGGUGCCACGGAGGGUGCUACUGUAAAUGACAGUGGUCAGGAGCUGUCAGGGACUUAACUCGACCAGCCACUAGGACAUGUAGUUCCAGGUGAUGGAGGAGAUGGAAGACAGGGAGGACGGGGCCCGGGAUGGGGGUGGGGGGGACUUCAGCAUAAAGGGCCUCUGCCGCUUUCUAUCGCCAUUCUGCCAUCUUUCCCUUCGAGAUCUUGCCCAUUUGCUUUUAAGUUUUGUAUGGUCAAAUGUGUUGAUUUUUAAAUUAUUGCUUUGCUGUAUUCCUUAAUGUGCUUGAUUCUAUUUCCUGGUGAUGUCCCUAGUUUUUUUUAUCCCCCCAUUUUAUUUAAAUCUUUAGUCUAUCUUGGGGAGGUGCAUUUUUCUAAAUGGUGUAUAAAUUGUACAAAAGAUGACUUUUUCUUCAUAUUAUGAUCCAGAUACCACAAGACUAUCUAUGAAACAAUGCUUGCCUAUCUCCUGGGCUGCCGAUUUCCUGAGGCUAAAUUCAGAUGUAACAUUAGGUCAAUAUCUGGGCUUCUCUUUGUUUCACUGCCACCUAUUACUCUUUUCACCCUGUGUCUUAUCAUGUGGAUUAGCUAUGCUGUAAUCUGUUUCCAUACCACUGAGGCUAGACAGGCCAUGCUUCCUCACUCAUGCAUAUCUCUUUCUUAUGGUAUCCAUUGAUGCUUUUUCAGGACUUUUAGAAUUAUUUCGCUAAAAUCUGUAAAACUUCAUGAUGGGAUUUGGGCAAGGAUUGGAUUCUUCUGGUUAUAGAUGGGGAAACAGAGGCCAGAGCAGUGAGGUGGCCCUCCCAGGAAGUAGGCCAUACUGCUGGGACUAGAAAUCAGGCCUCCUUGCUGGGUCUUCUCUCGCUGCUGCAUCCCAGUGAGGGAGAGGAGCCCAGGCAGCCUGCCCUUUCUCCCAGGUGCCUCUUCUGCAUAUGGGUUCUAUGCUCUUUACUAAAUAUAUUUCCAGUCAGUAGUUUUAGGCAAUGGGACACACUAAAGGCCCAGAGCCAGUCAGUAUGGGGACAGGUGCUAGAAGGGCUUAAGCAGAUAAGAGAAGGGGCGUGAAGGGCUUCUGUAAGCACUCAGGUGUGAGGUGGGCCGGUGCUAACAGCAGCUCACAUCUCUUCUUUCCCCCAGGGUUUCCGUGGGGUACAUCGUCAUUCUUGUGCUGUGUGGACUCCUGAGCAAGAGCCUGGUCUUCACUGUCCUGCUUGCCAUCACGCAGAGGUCAUUUGGACCCUAGGGCAGUGAAGCCAUGAGAAUGACCUCUGACCUCCAGCCACAUCCCUCUGGCAGUUGUUCCAGGGGAGCGAUGUGAAGGGGAAGGGAAGGAGGGGCAAUGACAUGAGUUGAAUCUGUAACACAGAUUAUUUCUAAGGCUCAUGUCCCACCUUCUCAGCCCUGCCAGCUCCCCUUGUUACACCAAUAAUCUUGGGUUUGUGUUUUGCCCACUCAGGAGAGAAGAUACAGCUGCCAACAUGCUCAUUCUACCAGUGGCUUGGGAUUUGCCUUAAAUAAAGAGGAGAGUCCAAUGCUCUUCACU